CAUAGAUAGUGGCAAACAAUCCCUGGGAUCCCAACGUUGCUUAACAAAGCAGGAAGUUAUUUCAUGGACAUAAUUAAAUCAUUAAAUAAGUGAUUUCAAAGUAAGAGGAAAUACAGAAAAUAAAGGAAAUAAAUUAAAAAAAUGCGAUGACUCUUCUGCAUGUUAUCAUCGAUUUUGAAGAUAUGGAUUCAUAUGGAAUUUCUGAAAGUUACGUGCAAGAUCUUGCUCAAAUGGCAAAAGAUGCCAUAAUAACACUUUUAAAAGACACUGGGGAGUGUCUGUCGAAAUCUCACUACUUAAAUCAACUAUGUCGCCAGCUUCAGCAGUAUGGUUCUGAACAUACUACCGUGAAAAGACAAAAGGUGAACGUAGUUCAAAACCAUCAAUAUAAAGGGCAUAUGCAGUUAAAUAAAGGGGAAGAACUUAUGCCAAGAUUAGCAGUUGCAACUGCAGCCGAUUCUUUGGCCGAAAAAGCGCUUAUUGCCAAUGUGAUUGUGACUACUGACAGGGACGGUGACAAUGUCCUCUUUGUGGCAAUCAUUAUGCGGAAAACCGAACUGGCCAUCAACUUGAUUAACCUAACUACAGACUACAGCCAGGUAAGAUCAGUAAACAAGCUUCGACAGACGGCGCUGCAUCUUGCAGCGAUUACAAACAACCCAAAGGUGUCGAGAAGACUUGUUGUAGCAGGAGCGGAGAUUGAGAUGCAAGACUACAAUGGAAACACGGCACUUCAUAUAGCGUGCAUUCAGGGAUGGGCGGGGGUUGCUAGGAGUCUUAUACAACAUGUGUCGUACGAGGAAACGAAACAGAAUUCUUUCAAAAUCCCGUACGUGCCAAUACCUCAAAACCUUGAGACAAGAAAUUAUGAUGGCUCGACAUGUUUAUUGAUAGCAAUAUGCAAAGAUUAUCUUGAUAUUGCUGAUAUGCUCAUAGAUAUUGACGCAGAUAUCAAUACGUUUGAUAUGAAAACUGGUAUGACGUGCCUCCAUGCUGUCGCGGAGUUGGGGCAAAUACAUCUAGUACGGUAUGUGUUGUCCAAGCCUAACUUGAAAAUAAAUACGGAGACAUAUUCCGGAUAUACGGCCAUGGAAAUCGCCUUUUACAGAAGAUAUGCAGACGUAGCCGCCUUGCUUAAAGUUUCUGGAGCGGAAAGACCAAGACCAAUAUGUAUCAUUGAAAAUCUUGAUUUGGAAGAAGACCGGACUGACUAAAAAAAUAAUUUUAAUAUUCGGCAACGCUCAUUUCACAUUUAACAGUUUAAUCUUUAAACGCAAGUUCCGAAAAGUCGGCGGUAUAAUUGCAAUCAUUCCUGUGUGAGCGGAGUCAUUGGAUUCGUAUUCGUUUGAUUAGCUCGUUGCUUAAAUACUAUGGCUUUUUCAGAGCACCGUCAGCACCUGUCACUAUAUAAGCUAAUAGUAUACAAGCAGGUCAAUAAGAAAGACAUGGCAUGAAUAGUCAAGUUACACUGUAAAUAUUUAUGUAUAACCAAAUAUGGAGUUUAUUUUUUUUACUUCCUCGCUUAGCAGAAACUGACUUAUUAUACAUAGAACUUUAUUUAGGAAGUUUAAAAGUACUAAAGUAAUGGUGGUGUGACAAAUGCGCGGCAAUGCUAUUAUUAAGGCUUCAAGCUUCUUACCGAUCCAUUUCAUCAUACUAUUGCUGUACUGUUAUUUUUGUAUUAUGAACUGAAUAAAGUAUGU